GCCACUUUAUCAAUGGUCCUAAUUCGGUUUAAUGUUUAAAUACUUAUCUUUCCGUAACCCCGGACAGUGUAGCGACCUUUGAAAGGUCCAGGAAGCGGCGCAGAUUCACAACGGCCUCGCUUGCUUUAGUUAGAUACUAGUAGGGGGGAUACCAGAGAAAGAAGUUGAAUGGAUCCGAGGGUAGCUUGGAUUCAGCCCGAACAGAAAGGACCUGCGAACGCCUUAUGGAUGCACGUCUGGGAGACCUCUCAGGGAGUACGGACGCUCAGUGCUCAGCAACAGCUCCACAAUCAAAACCACAACCAGGGUGUGAGUUACGCUGCGUUGGAUGUUUUAAAAAAUGUGGCGACCGCGGUGGCAUCGAGCAAGAGCAUUUGCAGCAGCAACGGUAACGUUACUGCCAGUCGGAGCAACGGCAGCAGCCAUCACAGCAUCAUGAACGGCACUACUAGUAUUAACGGCACUGCGAUUUCCUCGCUGGGGGUAGCACUGUCCAACGGGAACGUACACAACUCUUUCACUACGGCAAACACCGCUGAACCAGGUGAGGGCAAAAUCCUUCCUCAGAAGACGGGAUCUGUCUCCUCCUCGUCCUCCUCACAGGAAUCCGGGACGGACAGUCCCCCCUCCAGCUGCUCACUUGAGAGGACUAUGGGUGGAAAUGUAACGGGCAACAUUAAUAAAAACGUCGGGGGUGCCAAUAUGCUCUUCAGUUCGAGCGACAACAUGGACAAUAAUGUCAACCUUUACCACCACCACCACCAUCACCGUCACCUACAGGAGCACCCGGCUUUCAAUUUACAGCAGAUCUGCGUGAAGCGUCACCAGGUUCACCCCUCUGUACCUGUAAAUCACACACACAAUCACCACCCAGGCCGAAGGAAAAGCGACAACAAGGCGAGCACUUAUGGGAUGAAUUACUUGCUUUCAAACUGCACUAAUGGCAAUUAUGCGAGCACUUGGACGCCCUGGAAGACGAGGAAGUACAGCCCUGGGGUCAUCGGACUCCACGAGGAGGUGAUGGACUUCUACAACUUCAUGUCUCCUCGGCCAGAGGAAGCAGCUAUGAGGAAGGAGGUGGUGAACCGGAUAGAGAUGAUCAUCAAGGAGCUGUGGCCCACUGCAGAUGUCCAGAUAUUUGGCAGCUUCAGCACAGGACUCUACCUUCCAACAAGUGACAUUGACUUGGUGGUGUUUGGGAAGUGGGAGCGCCCCCCACUGCAAGAGCUAGAACAAGCUCUUCGCAAACAUAAUGUGGCUGAACCUUUCUCCAUCAAAGUGCUGGACAAGGCUACAGUGCCAAUCAUCAAGCUGACAGACCAGGAGACUGAGGUAAAGGUGGACAUCAGUUUCAAUGUGGAGACUGGAGUUAAGGCGGCAAGCUUCAUUAAAGACUACGUAAAGAAGUAUCCAGUGCUGCCUUACCUGAUCUUUGUACUGAAGCAGUUUCUGCUGCAGAGAGAUCUAAACGAAGUCUUCACCGGGGGCAUCAGCUCUUACAGCCUCAUCCUCAUGGUCAUCAGCUUUCUACAGCUCCAUCCUCGUAUCGAUGCCAGGAACCCUAAUGAGAACCUGGGGUCCUUGCUGAUCGAGUUCUUCGAGUUGUACGGCCGCCACUUCAACUACUUGAAAACAGGGAUUCGCAUCAAACAGGGAGGUGCAUACAUACCCAAAGAGGAGAUCAUGAAGUCCAUGACAAAUGGAUACAGGCCAUCCAUGCUCUGCAUUGAGGACCCACUGCUUCCAGGUAAUGAUGUGGGGAGGGGUUCCUAUGGUGCCAUGCACGUCAAGCAGGUGUUCGACUAUGCCUACACUGUCCUGAGUCAUGCUGUGUCACCACUUGCACGGUCCUAUCCCAACAAAGACUGUGAAAGCACCUUGGGCAGGAUAAUCAGGUUGACCCAGGAAGUGAUUGACUACAGGGAAUGGAUCAUUAAGAAGUGGGGGGGCCGGGAUCUGACGCGAACAGACAACAGAGUUUCACCUCCCAAGGAGCCAGCAUCGGAGCAGGAGCCCGGCUGUGUGCUGGGUGGCGGUGUCGGGUCGGAGGAGCAGCAGAGGGACUCAGUGUCGCCCCACAGCGCAGACUCCCCCAUGUCCAUCUCCAGCCCUCAACAGCACUCGUCAGCCUCCUCUGUCUCCUCGCUGUCUGGAUCAGACAACGACUCUGAUUCAACGUUGCCGUGCUCCGUGCCUCCGCCAGCCCUGCCACCGUACCCAUCUUUCCCGCCUCUGGGCGUAGCUUUGCCACCAGGACUCAAUAUGGGUACUGGCAAACCCGGAAUGGGAGGACACCAUCUGCUCAUGCCUCCAGUCUCACAGGCUCGCCUCUCACUGCCCGGUGGUCUAGCAAUGCACUCCAUACCUGGCAGACAGGUGUGUAUAGACACCGGGCUCCCCCCCUUCUUCCACAUGCCCCCCCCAGCCCAUGCUCAUGCCCCUGCCCCUUCCAGCCCCCAGCCUCCGCCCAGCCCCCACUCCAGCCACACACACAAGAACGGAACCAAGUUCAACGUGAAGGGCUUCCACAACCCACCGCUGGUCAACAACCCUGUUCUAGUUAACCGCGGACACACUCACACGCACACACAGUAUCACCGCAACACUUGGCGACGCAGAAAGAGGGACAGCCUACCGGUUAGCCUCAGCAGAUAGAAACCACUCCUCUUCCCGUAACCUUUCCUCCCUUUCCACCUCUCUGGCUGCAAAACCCUGGCUCUUCGUUCGUCUCGAAGGAGGAUGGACAGGCAGACAGAGAACCAGAGACCAGCAGUUUUCAUUCUGGGGCUGCCACGACAUGGAACAACAGCCCUCAGCUCUGCAUCUUCCUCCUACUAUCUCUACCUUCCCAUUUCUGCAUGACUUUUGUUCACACUUUUGUAGUUUCAGUAUUGUGUUAUUUUCAGUAUUUUGUUCUUCUCACCUUUGUUUCAGGUCUAUUCCUGAUUUUUUUUUUCUUUCUUUUUUUUUGCUAUUGGACUUGGUGCCAUCGCCAGGUUCACUUGACCUCGCCUCAACUCUUGCAGCCAAGCUGCCUGAGGUUCAGUGUUAAUUUCCUUUUAUUUUUUAACAGUUUAUACACUUACGAACAAACUGUUUUUCAUUUUGUGCAAUAAUGUUACAUUUCUUUUUGGAACUAAAGUAAAUGCUUAUUUAAUUUGGUGUGUGUAUGUAAAGGCAUUUUUAUACUGUUAUUUUAUUUUUGUAGAGUUUUAAAUUUUUGUUUACGAAACCUUUCCCCAGGCAGCAUCUCUGGAGUGUGUGUGUGUGUGUUUUUGUGUGUCCAUCAGUUGAUAUUUCUGUUUGUGUGUGCGUGUGUGUGUGUGUGUGUGUGUGUGUGUGUGUGUGUGUGUGUGUGUGCAGGAGUGUGCACUCCUAUCUGUCAUCAGGUUGAGAUGGACCGUAGUUUGCAGGCCUCCCCUCUUCCUCUUCUUCUCUCCCCUCUUUGCUUGUGUUGUUUUGUUUGAGAAAGAGAAGUGGAGCAGAAAGGGAUACGGAGCUCUUAUCUCCAUAUUCUUUCCAUUUUCCUUCAUCUGCCUCGUAAAAAUGGGCGAGGUUAACGUGAAAUUCACCAAGGACGCUUUGUUCCUCAGUCCAGUUAGUCUAAGGCAUCCUGGAGGGAAGUGGAGGGAUAAAAUUGCACCCUGAGAUAUCCUGAGAAACGACAGGAGAGGAUUUACUUCGGUUUUGGCCGAAAGGUGGUAGCUCCUGAGCAGAUUGUGUGUAUGUGUAUACUUCUCUACAUGAGUGUGUCCCCUUGUGGGACCGUGCUGUUGCCACAUAUUGUCAGUCAGGGGGAAGGCAGGCGGAGGCCUGCUCGUGGAGGUGAUUUUAAAAGAAAAGCUUCGAGAUGGUGCAGGAUUUUGGCCUGAGAGAGCUUGUACUGUUAAAUUCAUAUGCUAUUGUGUUUUCAUUUUUGUGCUUGUCUCUUUUUAUUACAUGUUGUAGGAGGGGUUGGGGCCAAGAAGGCAACAGCUUAUCUGACUUGAAUUUGAAGAUCAAGAUUAGGGUAAGAGGGCAUGAAAGCCACUGAUUCCAAGUCAGAGAACUCCUCAGAUGCUAACCCUCCCUAGUUGAGGGACGUGGUUGUGGAAAUUUGAUCCCAGGGCUGAGGUCAACUGUGGCCCACAGCUGCAAAUCAGUGAAGACCAACACUAAGAUGCUCAGCGAUAAGGUUCCUCCUUUGUGGUCCUGGACAAAGGAGAAGGAGGGAGGGUUGGGUGGGGGGCUCUUCCUGAACCAAGGACCCUAAUGAAAGGGAAUUAUAUUUUGAUUCCAUUCAGGAAUCUUGUGUAUAUUUGAUUGCCAGGUACUUCCGCUAAUUGUUUGCAAUGCCUUUCUUUGUGUUUACUUGGAGUGUGUGUACGUCGUAUUCCGCGAGCACACCCUGUCACACAUAUACACACACUCACAGACAGGACUGUCAAAGGCUGUGACUCGCCCAGAACACUACACAUGCUGGUGUUAUUACUAUGCAAGUGGAUUAUUCUAAUUAUUGUGUCAACACUCUUGUUUUUUUUCCGUUCGGGGGUUAUGUUCCGAUGACAGACACUACUUGUUGGACUGGUGCAAUGUUACCGACUGUAAGACUCUUGAGCCAACUCAUGUGAACGACAACCCCCAUCUCCCGACCCCCUUGUAUUUGUACGAAGGUCCUGAUAUGUUUAAAAGUCUAGUUUUCUACAUCUAUCGGUCAAAUGUAAGGAACGGAGGAUGUUAAUGUCAGUGGUUGGGUCUGGGUCUGUGUAGUGUGUGACAUAGUGAAACGUGUGUGAGAAAGUAUUGAGACUCAUGACUUGCAGCCACAGGUUUUUAAUCAGGCGCCCAAAAAAGUGCACCCAGAGAGCGACUUGCCCUCUGCAGGUGUCCUUCCGAUGGGACCAAAGUGUCCACCAACAAUUCUUUACCUUUUACUGAGACUCUGUUCAGUAACGUUGCAGUAUUUUUAGUUUUUAAUUUUUAUUUAAACCAUGGCAACUCUGAUCUGUCAGUCAAAACCUCCCCCCGGCAUCUCAGAUGAGUGGUUUCUGUGUGGACCGAUGGCUCUCAGGCAAAGCAGAUUAUGAGCUCACCAUCACCUCCAAAUAAAGAAAAUCCUGGCACAUUUUUAAUGAUUUGACCAAAACAGUAAUUCAUCAUGGACGCCUCAGACUGGCAGAAAGGGGAGAUGUGCCCAGCUACACUGUCACACCCUGUCACGCUGUUAUUCUCUAUGGAUGAUUAUUUUCGAAAUAAUUAUUUCCAUCUGCAGGGAGGUGACAUAUGAAAUUCUCAGUAACAUGUAAUCCUAGUCCAAUACAAAUUGGUUAACAGGGUGGAUGUAAUUGGCAAACCUGUUUAACCCUUUCAUACUGCAUCCCUGAUAGCCAUGUCUGCUUUUAGAAAUUAGAACCAGCAUUUAUGAGGAGCUGAUAAUGAAACUGGUGAUGGAAGGUUGUUGACUGCGUUAGAGUUGCCUGCGUCUUCGCAGUAUGGAUUCAAAUCUCUGUGCAUCUCAGUGGUCCGGUGUAGCUCGCUUUCCGUUCUCGCUUUUCUCCCAUGUUCUCGCAUCAGAUGGUGACGGAAACGGUUAGUUGCUCUGCCACGUUGCCUCCACUUCUCCAGACUGGUGUAAAAGUGAGGGAAAAGGAAGCAAGUGAGAAUGACUUGGACCACUGAGAUUUUGGCGAACACAUGUACAUUUAGAUGCAAUGUAAUAUCACCCCCCCACCCCCCCAUUGCAAUAAAAUGAGGGAUUUUAAACUGGCGGCCGCUGUUUAGAGAAAGGUGGCAGCCCCUCUCUGUCCUGGCUGAUUCAUGUGAGCAGUAGCCCUCAGAAUGGACACCAGUCUAUCAGUGGCCAGAGGGAACCACUGCCCAGCUUUUGUUUUGUUUUGUUUUUUUGUUUUUGUUUUGUUUUUGACAUUUUUAUGUAAAUAUAUUUUUUUCUAUUUUAUUUUUUAAUAAACAUUUUAA